GCCCAAAGUUCACCCACACUCGAUCUCAUUUUCCUCUGGCAUGGAGACCCAGCGAGCUUUCUCGUCCUACCGAAAGCGUUUCGGGACUUCGGGCGGCUCCCCGUCCGUGGGGGUCACCAGCCGCCUCAGCAUGGGCCGCCUGUCCCUCCACAGCAGCCCGCGCCACCUCACCUCCAGCCCCAUCACCCUGUCCACCUCGCGCCUGUCCCUGGGCGGAGAGCGGCUGGACUUCUCUGCGGACUCCCUGCUGAAGGCCCAGUACCGGGAGACGCGCACCAAUGAGAAAGUGGAGAUGAUGGGGCUGAACGACCGCUUCGCCAGCUACAUCGAGAAAGUGCGCUUCCUGGAGCAGCAGAACAAGAUGCUGGUGGCGGAACUGAACCAGCUGAGAGGGAAGGAGCCCAGCCGUCUGGGGGACAUCUACCAGGAGGAGCUGAGGGAGCUCCGUAGGCAGGUGGACGGCCUCAAUGCUGGUAAAGCCAGACUGGAGAUUGAAAGAGACAACCUGGCCUCAGACCUGGCUACUCUUAAACAGAGACUUCAUGAUGAAACCGCCCAACGGCAAGCAGCAGAAAACAACCUCAACACCUUCAGACAAGAUGUGGAUGAAGCAGCUCUGAACCGCGUACAGCUGGAGAGGAAGAUUGAUGCUCUACAGGAUGAGAUCAAUUUCCUGAAGAAGGUCCAUGAGGAGGAGAUGCGGGAGCUGCAGGAGCAGCUGAUGGCCCAACAGGUUCAUGUGGAUCUGGAUGUGUCUAAGCCAGACUUAACCACUGCCCUGAAGGAGAUCAGAGCUCAGUUUGAGGCCAUGGCCACUUCCAAUAUGCAGGAGACUGAGGAGUGGUAUCGCUCGAAGUUUGCUGAUCUGACUGAUGCAGCCAACCGUAAUUCAGAGGCUCUGAGACAAGCUAAGCAGGAGGCCAACGAGUAUCGUCGACAGAUUCAGGGCCUGACCUGUGACCUGGAAUCUCUUCGUGGAUCUAACGAGUCCAUGGAGCGUCAGCUGCGAGAGAUGGAGGAGCGUUUCGCCAUUGAGUCGGCCGGUUACCAGGACACUGUGGCCCAUCUGGAGGAUGAGAUCCAGAUGCUGAAGGAGGAGAUGGCCAGACACUUGCAGGAGUACCAGGAUCUGCUCAAUGUAAAACUGGCUCUGGAUAUUGAAAUUGCCACCUACAGGAAGCUGCUCGAAGGAGAGGAAAGCAGAAUCACUGUUCCGGUGCAGAACUUCACCAACUUACAGUUUAGAGACACCAGCUUGGACACUAAGCUGACUCCUGAGGCGCAUGUGAAGAGGAGCAUAGUUGUGCGAACCGUUGAGACUCGUGAUGGAGAGAUCAUUAAAGAGUCCACCACGGAGAGAAAGGAUCUGCCGUAAUCACUCUCAGACACUGGAUCGGAUGCAGCUGAAGAGUUCAUCACUAAUGCUUCUGGAUGCUGUGAUUAAACACGUGAUUUCUUGCCCUGCUUAUAUUCUCUGCUAGUCUAUAUAGGUCCUGGGAAUUAUAUUCAGUUAUAUUAGCCACUAUAAGCAACAAGCAACUGCGUUUUGAUCUCUUUCUCUCCCUGGGAUUUUCUCUUUAUCUGUCUUUAUUUGUGGGAAAGAGUCUUUGAAUGAUAUUAGACUAGUUUAUCGCCGAUUGUGCCAUAAAAAGUCAUGGUUGGACAGAUGAAAGUAGAAAGCAGAACAAGAUGUAGCUAGCGGUCAGAGCGGGUGCACGGGGAAUAUAGUUUUUUGUCAAGCACAAACUGUAGAGAAUACAUUCUGAAAUGUAUUGUAGUCUUUAAGUACUAGAUGAAGAAGAGCAGGAUUGGAAGUUUUUGAAUCUAAAUGGUCAGUGUUAAUGUAUGGCAGAAGGAAACUAUAACAGAAAGGUCUUUCUGAUGGUUUUAAAGGAAGGAUGGAUUUUUUCAGCGGUGCUAUGUGAACAUUUUACCCCACAUUUUCUCUCUUUCACUGUGUAUACACAAAGUGUUUGCACAGUAGCUAACUAAAGCAUCUCUAUGGACCCAGGUUUAAAUGCUUUAAAAUGCGUGUUGACUGUUAAUUGACCUGUAGAAAACAUAUUAAUAGUCAAUUUUAAUCAACAAAAAACAAUAUCUUACUGAACUCAUUUAGUAAACAUCUGACAUAUUGUCUUAAGGUGCAGUCUUAUCUACCAUUGAUCGAUGACAUUUUGGCGAAUUCCAAUCAUUUCAUUAGGAAUUUGUGUGAUCUGGAGUUGCAUGCAGAUUGCGCUCAUGUUCAAGUUUGCAACAUGAAUUCACUGCGCUGACCAACAGGAAGCUGCUUGGUUUGAAAGUGACUUCUGUUUGACCUUCAUACAUCUCCAAACUAUUGAAAAUAGACAUUUUUGCAUGCAAAAUUUGGCUAAUGUGACUGUACAUUUACUAAAAACUCAUACUGCCAGGUAACACUCAGUUAUAUUUUCAGCUGAGGAGGGCUAACUUUCACACUACUGCUGCAUACCGAAUUGGACGUCACUUUAUUGUGGUGUCUAAUAUUGAUACUAAUAAAUAAUUUUUAU